GAGAAGAGAAGCUUCACGCUUAGUCUCUCACGCCCAAAAUAUCAGGAUCGUGCAGAUUUCGCCACGUGGAUACUCGAAUGUAAUCGGAUGCAAACCUAUUUAUAUUCCACUCUUUAUUCUCCAGUUCUCGUCCGCCCUUCUCUCUCUUUCUCUCGCUCUCUAUCCUUCGCCGUUGUCUCUCUCUCUCUCUUCUCUCACACUCAAUACAUCCCAAACCCAAACCCUAAUUCCAUGUUUGGUCAUCUGACUGUCAUCGAUUAUCUGCGCUGAAAUUUGCUCUGUCCCAAUUCUCCUAGGCAAUCUUCGAUUCGAUUUUGUGUUUUGCUGGACGAGAAUCGGAGGUCGGCGGAGCUGAGAUUUUAAAAAUGGCGACCUCCACGAGCAGUGUCUACGUCAGUGUUAUUGAGGACGUCAUCAACAAGGUUCGCGAAGAGUUCAUGAACAGCGGCCCCGGAGAAGACGUUCUCAAGGAGCUCCAAGGAACUUGGGAGGCGAAGAUGAUGCAAGCCGGUGUAGUAAAUACUCCUAUAGAGAGAGCUGUGGCGUCAAAGCCAACGCCUGGUAGUGCUAUUACUCCAGUUCACGAUCUCAAUGUACCUUAUGAAGGGACCGAGGAGUACGAGACACCCACUGCUGAGAUACUCUUCCCUCCAACCCCGUUGCAAACCCCAAUUCAGACGCCUCUACCCGGAACUGGGGACAACUUAUAUAACAUUCCUACCGGAGGUAGUGACUUUUCUGCAUCUGCAAACGAGUCUGGUAGCAGCAAUGGUGGCAGCAAUACAGAGCUGAAAGCUGGAAGACCUAGCCCCUACAUGCAACCUCCUUCUCCUUGGAUGAACCACCGACCCCCUCUAGAUGUUAAUAUUGCUUACGUGGAAGGGCGGGAUGAGGUGGACAGAGGGACCUCUCAUCAACCCCCGACACAGGACUUUUUCCAGAUGAAUUCUGGAAAGCGAAAACGUGAAGAUCUUGCUUCACAGUAUCCAGCUGGUGGAUUUAUACCCCAACAAGAUGGAGCUGGAGAUGCUGCACCUGAGGUUUUUGAGAUUGAGGUCAGUGGAGGGAGCACUUCUAUUGGUGGGCGUGCAUGUAGCGAGAUGGUAACUUGUGCAAUGAGGUCAACUCCCAAGAUUCCUCAACUUGAUGGGCCAAUUCCUGAUCCCUAUGAUGACGCGCUUUCUACUCCCAAUAUAUAUAAUUAUCAAGGAACUUUCAACGAAGACUACAACGUUGCCAAUACACCUACACCCAAUGAUCUACCAGUCAGCACUCCAGCUCCUGUUGUUCAAAAUGAUGUUGGAGAUGACGACGACGACGAGCCCCCAUUGAAUGAAAAUGAUGAUGAUGAUUUGGACGAUGUGGACCAAGGGGAGGAGGUAAACACACACCAUUUGGUUUUGGCUCAGUUUGACAAGGUGACACGCACCAAGAGCAGGUGGAAGUGCACAUUGAAGGAUGGGAUUAUGCGCAUAAACAAUAAGGAUAUUCUCUUCAAUAAGGCGACUGGAGAAUUUGACUUCUGAUUUUGCUUGAGAGCUGCCUAUUUUGGCAAUUAGCGGCAGUUGCCUUAGCAGGGCAAGUCCAGAGGUAUCAGUGGGUGUUUCGUAAUUUUUCUUUAUGAAUUAUUAUUAAGAGAGAGCUUGAGGGAAGAGAAAGACCAUGCUAGAUACUUUUUAAAGAUUGGGAUGGAUCAUGGAUGUUGGCCUAUUUGUACAUAAAGGAUGAUAGCUUUUUUGGCCUUUAAAAUGGGAUGGCUACUGAGGCGUUUCCGAAGUUUUACUAUUUCUGUGAUGGAAUGCAAUUCCAUUAACUCUGUAUACUGGAAUUUAUUCGUUAAUUUACGAAUUGCAUUGUUUAUUAUCUUUCCAA